AAGAAUUUGUUUUUCAUGUGCGUAUCUGUAAUUCGCGAUUGUACGCUAAAAUAGACUGAAAAUAAAUAUGUCUUCUUUAAAGGACUACUACCUUUAAACUUUAAACAAUUGUUAAUGUUAGUUGUUUAAGAAGUAAUCUUAAUCACUUGUAGUGCUCAAAGUGAAGGAGAAAAAUAUUUAUAUCACAACUAAAAUUAUUCUACUGCAUAUUAAAUUCGUGUAUUUGUAUAAUAUUGUGUUUGUAGAAAAUCGUUCUUAUUUCAUUCGUGUGCCUUAAGUACAAGUGUUUAUAUAAAAGAGUGCGUUAAUACGAGGAAUUUAAGUGUUGUGAUUACAUGAAGACAUUGCUGAAGACAUUUAUUUAACAACUCGUCAAUGGAUUCGAACUUUCGGAGGCACAAUCAACGGAAAUAGGAAAACAUAGCAAAGGUUUGGUGCAACAUACCUUCGUUCGAUGAGAUGUCAGUUUGAAGGAUUUUGAAUAUGGCGACAGCACAAGUAUCACAAAAUCGAGUUUACCUCUUCCGACUCCAAACAUUGAUUAUAGAUGGAGGGACUACAGUCGUUAGGAAUAUAUUUGAUGAGAAGAAUGCAAAUGUUCCACUUAAUAUUCUUCUUCAUAACGAAAAGACCACAAUAAAUCGUCUUAGGGCGGGUAAAACAAUAACCCGGACACAAUUUGAUUUGCUGUAUCCACAGAGCGGUCAGUCCCCAACUACAGCUGACUUUGAUCUCACUCUGUCUAUAUGUUUGCUACGGAACCUGAAAUGUUGCGGUUUAAAUAAAAAUUUUGCUUGGAAUGCGAUACCACAGUCAGGAGAUACUUCACUAGAAGCAGAUAUAUGUCGAUUGAGAAUGUUCAGAAAUGAUAUAGCUCACAUUUCCUCUACGACUAGUAUCACGCAGAACACCUUUACGCACAAAUGGUUGGAAAUUGAGCAGGUACUCAAUCGACUGAAUACAUGCGUUCAAAAUCCUGUUCAAAAUCUACAACAACAAUUUAAUGCAUACAAAAAUAGUCCUCUGGAUGAAGAGGCUGAAAAAAGAAUUGAUGGGGAAAUUAAGAAGUGGCGAAAAUUUGAGAAAGGAUUAGAAAGUGAAGUGCAACUUGUAAAGAAAGACGUACAAGAAGUAAAACACGAGGUUGGCAACGUAAAAGAAGACGUUCAUGCAGUCAAAGAGAAGGUGGACAACGUAAAAGAAGAGGUACAUGAUGUUGCAGAAAAAGUUGAUGCUGUUCAAGAAAAAAUUGAUGAACUGGAAAAUGAAAAGAGAGCUCAAGGAGGAUCAAAGAAAUCAGUAGGAAAGGCGUCGAACUUCAUACAAAGAUUUUUCGAGAGAAGAGACCGUCGCCGGGAAAUGAAAAAGCUGAAAGACGACUGGCUGCUAUCUCCCACACAAACAAGCUACAGUACAAUACACUGUCACCGCUAG